AUGGUUGAGGCAGUCAGCAGGAUGUUGUUCGUGGAGCGGGUGCGCACGCAGGCCGGGCUGCUGUGGAUGACCCACUUCAGCUCAGACGGAGAGGAGAACCUGGGUUUGGUCCAGAGAGAUGACCUGAACCGGACCUACAGAGAAAACAUCUCACCGUCCAGCUCUCAGAGCGAACACGAUGAGGAAGAUACAGAAAACACUCAGCCCAGAAUCACAACCUGGGAGGCAGGAUGGAACGUCACCAACGCUAUACAGGGCAUCUUCGUGCUGGGUUUGCCCUACGCUGUGCUGCAGAGUGGCUACACUGGGCUGCUGCUGCUGGUUCUCUCAGCGCUGCUCUGCUGCUACACUGGCAAAAUCCUCAUCUCCUGCCUGUACGAGGAAGACGAGGGCGGCCGGUCGCGGCGCGUCCGCCACACUUACGCCGACAUCGCUGACGCCUGCUGGUGCCGCCUGUGCCCGCGGCUGGGCGGCAAACUGGUCAACGUGGCCCAGGUGGUGGAGCUGAUGAUGACCUGCAUCCUCUACCUGGUCGUCAGUAGCAACCUGAUGGGCCACAGCUUCCCCUUUCUACCGCUGACCCCGGCCACCUGCUCGGCCUUGACCUUUUUGACCCUGAUGCCGUGCAUGCUAAUCCGCGACCUGAAGGUGGUAUCGCAGCUCAGCUUCCUGUGUUCCCUGGCGCACUUCCUCAUCACCUUCGUCGUGAUUGGCUACUGCCUGCGCCAGGCGCCGCGGUGGACGUACGGCGGGCUGAGGCUGGCGGUGGACUUUGACAGCUUCCUGGUGGCGGCGGGCGUCAUUAUCUUCAGCUACACGUCUCAAAUAUUCCUGCCCACGCUGGAGGGGUGCAUGGCGGACAGGGGGCAGUUCAGGGGCAUGAUGGACUGGACACACGCGCUGGCAUGUGUGCUGAAGGCCGCGUUCUCACUGCUGGCUUUACUGACCUGGGGGGAGGACACCAAGGAGGUGGUCAGUGAUAAUCUGCCCCCUGCUCUGAGAAUGAUGGUCAAUCUGUGUCUGCUGGCCAAGGCUCUGCUCUCGUACCCUCUGCCCUUCUACUCAGCCGCCCAGCUGCUGCAGACGGGUGUGCUGCGGACGGACACCGGGCAGUACGAGCGGUCAGUUGGGCCAGAGUGGCACACACUGGUCCUGCGCGCCUCCCUCCUCUUCCUCUCCUUCGUUAUGGCUCUGUACAUCCCUCACUUCUCCCUGCUGAUGGGUCUGACGGGCAGCGUGACUGGAGCGGUGAUGACUCUGCUGCUGCCCGCUCUGUUCCACCUGCAGCUAAAGUGGAGCCGGCUGAGCGCUGCGGGGAAGCUGCUGGACGCGGUCAUCUUGGGCCUGGGCUGCAUCUGCAGUCUGGCCGGAGUCAUCCGCUCCAUCAGGGCCAUGAUCCAUGCCUUCGCCAGCACCUAG